AUGGCGACUCCCGCCCGUGCCCCGGAGUCGCCUCCGGCCGCGGAUCCCGCACCCGCCGUGGGGCCUGCCGAGGAGGAAGCCGACUGCCCGCCGCCGCCUCGCCAACCUCAGGUCCCGCAGAAUGUCCUCGCUGCCCCGCGGCUUCGAGCCCCCAGCUCCCGAGGACUUGGGGCCGCGGAGUUUGACGGAGCUGCGGGAGAUGUUGAGGCGCCAGGAGAGACUUUUGCGCAACGAGUCACCUUGGCCCCCGGUGGAUCCCCGGCCGCCCCGCGGGCCCCGGCGCGGCCUGCAGCGGCCCAGCCGAGCCUCGCGCGGGCCCCGCGCCGGCCGCGUGGGGACGGUGCCCGGAGGGCGGGCGGGCGGGUGCUGCGGCCGAG